AUGACUCCCUUUAUUGCGCAAUUGAUAUCAAAAAACAUCUUUGCGGUUAUAGCGGACUACCUGAAAAGGAAUAAUAUUAUCGAUCCCACCAAAUGUGCGAAGAUAUUUCAAAGUAUCGGCACAUUUUUCUCCGCGGGUAUUCCUGGUUUCUUCACAUGCAUCCUUUGUAUAGCCCCACCAUUUUCCGGUACGACUACUUCAAUCGCUAUGUUAUUUGGUAUGCUGGGAAAUAUCAGUGGUACACUGUUGUUGGGCUUGAUCUCCAAAAUGGGUUUCUCCAACAAAUGGAUGAUGUCGUUUAUGUUAUGUAGUGCAUUCAGUUUUCUAGCGGGAGCCGCUUUCUUGAUAUUUGGAUCCGCAAAGGUUCAGGAGUGGGCCAAGAAUGAGUCAUCCAAGAGCGAUUCCGCCAUGAAAACUCUUCAGCCAUCUGAAGGACCUUUCCUCUGA